CAGUGUGGCGACAGAGUGAUGCCAGAUAUCGCUAUUGGACCACGUUUAUCAGACGAUAAACCACUAAAUGGCAACGCUGCAUCGAAACCGCAAGCCACGCUACGUGAACCACGUUUGUACGUAGGCAGGCCACAUAGCGAGGCUUAGCAGACGUAGCUCCCAGCAGCGUUCAGUUUCCCUGGCGAUGUGAUGAGGUGAUGAUGGUGCAGAACGUCGACCCCAUGGAACAGCUGAUAGAGGAGGUUAAAAAGCGUCCAUGCUUGUACAAUCCGAAGCUGGAGGAGUAUAGAGACAACCAGAUUAAAGACGAUGUCUGGGAAGAAAUAGCCACCACGUUGAAUAGAGAUUGCAGGACUAUCAGACAGGAGUGGAAGAGGCUUAGAGAUUGCUUUCGUCAAGCAACAGCUCGCAGGAAAUCGACUUCCUUAUCCCGGAAGCGAUGGAAACCUUGGCGUUAUGAGAAGCAGAUGGAGUUUGCAGCUCCUUAUAUAAAUUCUAAGGUGGCUACUACCAACGCCACUGACAUCCAGAAAGGUGGUGAUGAGGACCUCGAUGAAGAUGUAGGUCUAGCUCUUGUGGCCGUCGAAAUGGCGGAGGAGAAGGAGCCUUCGUCGUCCAGUCCUGUAGAGGCUGAGAGACCAGAAACGAAGUAUACCAGUAGUGCAUCUGGCGAACACGACUUCGAAAGUCCAUCGGCAGUUCUGGAUGAUCUUCCACAGGAAACGGAAACGAAUGCACAGAGUUUCAGAAACCACACGUGCAAGAAGAGGAAAGUGGUCGCACCUCAUUCCAAUAGCUUCUGCACGGGUCUGCCAGAUGGGAAGUUAUCAGAUCAGGACGACGACCUGGACCUCUUCUUCAGGAGCGCCUGUCUGUCUACCAGAAGGUUGCCUCGGAAACUGCAGAACCAGAUAAAGAGAGACCUUUUGGACAGCAUCCUAAGUGCAGAAGAGCUGUAUGAGGGCGAAGUCCCAGAAUCUAAGAAUCGUGACCUCCUUGCUAUCUCCCACUUGCAUUGUUGUAACAAUAAUUAAUGAUGUAUUGCAGACAGAAUACUGGAACUGGCAUUGAGUAACUGUAUAUGAGUGCUUUAUAAUAAAUAUUGAUUUGACUUUUU